AUGUCUUCAGACAACCUCCACCGUACCCAGACUGUAUCUGACCUAGAGACUGGUACCUCCGAGGCAAUCCGUCGCCAUGCGUAUAGGCAUGUCUUAGCAGCGAAGUCGAUCUCUCAGCGGAUCUUGCACUUUGAACGGAUAACGCCAGACCAGCUCAGCUGCAUUGCAGAGGCUACUGGUGCCUUCUUCUAUGUCUUUCCAGGUCUCGCAUCCAUUACAACUUUCGUGCUCAAUACUCAAAAAGAGCUUCGUGCUACUGCAUACGGUAGCUUCUUUCAGAUUUUCUUCGCAUUUACCGUAGGCUCGUUUAUCGCCCUGUUCGUCAGGAUCUUGUCUUUGGGGCAUAUGUACCCUGCCAUUACCAUCGCUUCUGCAAUGUGGCGGGAUUUUCCUUGGAAGACAGUCCCACGGUACAUUCUUUCCCAAAUACUCGGAGCGACGGUUGCUGGGUUGCUGGUCGUGGUCAUCUAUUGGAACCAGAUCCGAGCUUUAAAGGAAGCAAUGCUAGCUGCAAAUCAGCCCCUCGUAUCUCCAUUAGGACCUGCGGGCAUCUUCCUUUCACUUCCAGGAACUUCCAGGAACUUCACAGCGAUUUGGCUACCUGUUCAUGGUGUUCUUAUCUGGACAGCAAUUGAGGCUACCGUGAUUGUCGGUAUCACGUAUGGAGCUAUGGUAUGGGGCUUUGCUCCGGCUACUACUGUCAAGGAUUUUGCCAGAUAUAUUGCGAGGAGUGUUGAUCAACGUAUUUUUGCGACACUGUUCCUUUGCGGGGGAACUUUCUCCUACCGCUUAUACUUCUGGGUAGCGAUUCUGGUGCAUUUUCCAGUUGUGCUUUUUGCGGCUGCGACCUGGGAGUUGUUUCUGCGAGAGCGGUUUGAGAAAAAGUUACGUACAGGUACGAAGAAGAUGGUCAGAGAAGACGAGCUCGGAGGGAGGACUAGCAGUGAGCAUGUUGGAUUUAUCAGAACUGUCUCGUGAAGUACAAGAAUUUCAUGAUGCGGUCUCCUCGGUGGCCGACUGUCUGUGAAAAGCCCCAAGAUGAUCCAAUCAGACUGGACUUCGGACCCAGAAAGAAUUGCAGUCAGUCGAUGAAGAUACCAAAUGAGGAGCCACAAGUGUCAUAAUGAAUACAGGAUGUUGUUUCUUUUUAUGUUUUGGAUAGUUAUUUCAUAGUUGCUUAACGCCGGACGUUGUCUCCGAUGACUAAGCGGUACGUCACCGGACAGCUCCAGGAACAGCUAGCUCGAGCUUCGGAUUCCCCUCUGUGCAACGC